GAGGGAGAGAGAGAGAGAGGUAGAGCGCCACACACAACGAGGGAACCCCAUCAGCUGGAAGUCGAGUAACAUUACAACUCUCAGCAGCCUCAAACUACUACAUUACACAGACGAGGAGGUUCAUAUCUCCUCUGAGGAUUUAACGGGAUUUCUGCUCUCUAGCGUCAUCAUUUUUCUUUUAUUCCACGGAGACUGUUUGCUGUUUUAAUUAUUUUUGAGGAGGAGGAGGGGGGCAAACUGGCGAGAGGCGAGCAUGGAGUAUUUCAUGGUACCAGCUCAGAAGGUGCCCUCCUUGCAACAUUUCAGGAAAACGGAGAAAGAAGUGAUCGGAGGUCUCUGCAGUCUGGCCAACAUUCCUCUCACCCCAGAAACAGCUCGGGACCAAGAGAGGCGAAUUCGCAGAGAGAUUGCCAACAGCAACGAGCGUCGGCGUAUGCAGAGCAUCAAUGCUGGAUUCCAGUCACUUAAAACACUCAUCCCACACAGCGAUGGAGAGAAGCUCAGUAAGGCUGCCAUCCUGCAACAGACAGCGGAGUACAUUUUUACUUUGGAGCAGGAGAAGACACGGCUAUUGCAGCAGAACAGUCAGCUCAAACGAAUCAUUCAAGAGUUAAGUGGUUCCUCCCCUAAGAGGAGGCGUGCAGAGGAGAAAGAUGAAGGGAUCGGCUCACCAGACAUCCUGGAGGAGGAGAAGACCGAAGACCUGAGGAGGGAGAUGAUUGAGUUGAGGCAGCAGCUGGAGAAAGAGCGCUCAGUCAGGAUGAUGCUGGAAGAUCAGAUGCGUUCACUGGAUGCUCAGUUGUACCCAGAGAAACUGAAGGCGAUCGCCCAGCAGGUCCAGGAGCACCAGACCCAAACACAGAGCCUUGUCCAUCUGCAGCAGCACAAGCAGCUGGAGAGGGAUCUAACUCCAGCCCACAGCCCACAGGUGUUGGCCCCGGCUACCCCCCCUGCACCUACACACCAUGCCACAGUCAUCGUCCCUGCACCUGCCCAGCCUCCCCAGCCCCAUCACGUCACCGUGGUAACCAUGGGCCCGACAUCAGUCAUUAACACAGUGUCCACAUCUCGACAGAACCUGGACACCAUCGUUCAAGCAAUCCAGCACAUCGAGGGCACCCAGGGGAAGGCUUGUGUUGGCGAGGAGGAGCAGCGGAGGGCGGUCAUUGUCACUUCAGGCCGUGUCCUCUCUGACGCGGCGGGCUCAGACACGGCCUCAAACAGCGACGGGCCCGACGAUUGCUCACUGCCCUGAGUUCACCCCCGAUGUCUUGUACACCUACAUACACGCACACACUUACACAAAAAAGGGCCCAAGCAGACCAGGGCGACAGGAGGCUACAACCCCACAGCACUCUGGACAUUAAUAGGGCUGGUAGACAGAUUGAAGCACUCGUUUUUUUUGUUUUCUUUUCAGUGCACACUCUACAUGUUGUACCGUGAUAGGCAGCCCGAAUAGGUUUACACUUAGACACAUUUCUCUGCUUCUCGUCCCCCUGCUCUCUCACACAAACUCGUGUCUGUCCAUUAAUCUAUAGAGAGGCUAUUAUUAGAGCAGUUACUUCACUGACAGAUCUAUAAAUGCUCCGUCAUACUGGAUACCAGAAUGUCUGCUAAACAUCACCAGGACUGUUCUCUUUAUUCGGCCAUAUGACUGACCAACGAAACAGGAGACAAAGCGGUGUGUGGCGUCAUCAUGGCCCAGAGCAGUUUAGACAAAUAUCCUUUUAAGCCUCCUUCUCUGAGCUGUUUGUAGAGACAUGGUGAGCUAACAAGGCUGUCUAAAAGUUUUUAGGCUUCUGGCUGGAAGAAUAAUGUUUUUAUUCUUGUGAAGUCUAGUUUUUCAUGUUUUGUUUCUGUAAGGCUCCCUCAGCCAGCUAGUUAAAGUGACUCUACUGGAAAUGCACACACAUACACACAAAAAAAAAGAAGCACCACAAUAACGGGAUUUAAAAGCAGUUUUCUUGGCUGACAGGUGCUUGUAGGAAAUGAAGUGCAGCUCAGGAGGAGAGAGUGCGCUUACUGGUUCACAGCUCUAUUCUUUUUGUUUGUUUGUUUGUCGCCUUUUUUUUUUUUUUUUUUUACUGGGCUGGGUUCCCAGUAAUCCCAUACAUGUAUUUGGCAUGUUCUUGUUUUUACUCAUGGCUUGACAAAAAAUAUUGAUGCUUUGACAUUUCUUGACACCCUCCCCUUUUGAAUAUAAAAGCACCUGGCUUGUUAAAUAAGCUAAUCUGUGGGCACUCUUUAGUAAUUCCCACUGGUUCUGGUGUGUGUGUGUUUGUCCCACUGAGCGUAGUGGUGUCCCAGACUCUGGCAGUCUGCAGCAGCACCCCUUUCGCCUUGAAAUUAUGUGUAUGUGCGCAUAACACUCACAUAUACAAAUACAACUGACAUACAAUCAUUCAUUUGCUUAAUCCUAAGGGCUGGCUUUGUUUAGCCCUUAACAGUCUCUUGUCCAAAUGUUGGGACAUUUAUCAAAGCAGUGUAUACUUCAAUUAUGAGGAAAAUGCCCAGUGAAGUUGUCUGAAUGUGCCACACAUGCUCUAUGCAUUUCCUUAGAUUUGUCUUUGUGCGCUUUUUGUGUAGCUUUCUUCACUAUUUAGCCGUUUCUGCUUCGAUCAUGCUCUUAAUGUUUUUGGCUGGAACGGUUGGUUGACAAGACGGACUUUAAGACAUGUAGCUGAGAGAGGCAGCAGCUUACCUUACUAAAAGCCCAUGGGUGCAGUGAGGCACUGUGAAGCCAGCCUUAACACAGCCGCCAGGGUCUGAGUGAUGUACCUGAACACUUGAUCUGGGCCGUUUGGUGGCCACUGGAAUCCCUCUGCUUUCCCCCCCUUGCCUGUCCAAACAGGCUUGUAAACACCUGGGGUGUGUAAGAAUUAGGGCUGGGCAAUAUGGAGAAAAUCAAAUAUGAUGAUAUUUUUUUUUCCAAAUACUCAAUACUGUGGGAUUGACUAUUGGUGCUUUCUCAAAAUUAGGGCUUUCCUGAAUAGAGUGCUCCAGGAAAGAGUUUUAAAGCCCAGGAAUUAGUUAAUAUUUCAUCACUUCCUGUUCCCUCAUCUCAAAGAAAUGCCCAACUCAAUGACAGCUUUUAUGUCCUUAAAGAGUAACUAAACCCCCAAACCACCCUUUUUGGUCAGUUGAAAAAAUGGAUAUUUAGGAGUGUUAGUGAUUGAUUCAGGUCCAACUCUUGACAUCUGAAUGUAAAGUAUUACAAUUAUACAUAUUGUGUAAAAAUAUGCAUAGUGGCUGUCCUCUUAAGGUUGAAAACUGGGGACAGGAAGGUGCUGUGGAUCAAGAGGUGGCACGAUUAGGUAACUUGGUGUGUCUUAGCCCCCUCCCAGCCCUGCCCAAUAUAGAGACUUUUUACACAUUCCAGGGAGGAGACUUAAGCCAAAAGUGUGGGGUUUAUUUACUCAUUAAAAAGGCCGUUGCUAACAAUUGGCUAAAUGAAACUUUAAAUGCCAUGUUAUCUUUCAAAACUGUUAGGAUGUUGGACGUGUUAGACAUCUUGCGAGCACAUCUGUAAGCCCGUCACAGGUGAUCAAACUGCCCCCAGUUUCAGUGACAUUAGAUGAGAGAGAGUCAGAAGUUUAAAUGCAAAAACAGAGUUUAAAUGUCCUUAUCUUAGGAUAACUAUAGAUAAUAAAUGUUGGAUUACUAUUUCUCAAUUUAAGGGCUAUUUGGGGUUGGAUUCAUAUAUAUUCAAAAAAACUUUUGAAUAGUGAUUUGACAUUGAUUACCACAGCAAUAUUUACACAAUGAGAUGUUUGAUAAGAAUUGAGAGCGAUGUGUUUUAUUGACUUAGUGGGUAAAUAAUACAACUGCUAGAAAAGUCUGCUAGAAUAGGAAAAUUACAGCACUUUACUGUAACGCAAUAUCCAAAAUCUACGAAGAGAUCUGCACCAUAUCACUGUAUCGAUAUAAUAGAGAUAUAUUGCCCAGCCCUAGUUAGAAUAUAUAUUCCCAGUUAUUUUGUCUUUUACUUUUUUGUUGUUAUUAUGAACAGGUUGCUGGUUUACUAAUUACGUUCAAGCGCUCCUGAUUUUUUUUUCUCCCUUAGUAUCUCAAAAUGUAUUUGAAUACUGACACCUGGUUGGAUUUACAUGUAUAUUUGCAGCUGUUGGCCCCUUCGUGUGCACUAUUAAAGCCAGAUGUGUGGUGGGAAAAAAAAUUCCACAUUGAAAUGUUGACAUUCCAUAACAUUUUACUCAUCUUUCCCUGUCAGGUUACUUUUCAAAAGUGAACCUGAUUUAUUUAGAGAUUAGAGUUACAUUUAGUGCUUUUGACACAUCACUGCUAUUUUAUAAUUGCAUUUAGGGACAAACACUUUAUUAGAGUCACCUGCAUCGAUGCAUAGAUGGAGCUUUGAACUGCUGGACAGAUAUUGUGUUCGAUUGAACGCACCUCAUCUAUCAUGAUUCAUGUCAUGGAAAUGCCCUUUAAAGAAAUAUUGAUGUCAGCUGCUCUGAAACGAGUGACGUGUCUGUCAGAUUAAAUCAUGGGACUAUUUCCCAGCACCUAUCACUAUAGGAAGGGGAUUCCUGGAUAUCGAAAACGUGUUUUUGCAAGCUUUUGCUUUUUCCUCCGAGUAUCUGCAUUUGAUAGUUUUCUGCUGAAUACCGGAACUGUUUUAUUUCCAUCUGUUUUACACUCUGUCCUGUGUGUUAGGAAAUGUUAUGUGGACAUAUCAGAUUGUCAGAUGAGUGGGGUGGGCCUGGGGAUCAGUAAAUGGGGUCAAGAUUACAAAGCACUUACUGUACUAUACUGGAGUCCGCCUCUUUGUUAUGUAUAAAGGGGCAUCUCCUCAGCUGAAGCUCUUGAGGUUAUGAGUAAAAGCCGCACAGCUGUGUAUCCCCCUUUCCCUCCUUGUCCACACCUACAUCUUGUCUUGUUUGCCCUUUGCAUUUUUUUAAUUUUAUUUUUUGCAAAAUCCUUUACGCUGUUUUUGUUUAUCUAUUGUCAAUAUCUCUUGUCUCCCUUCACAUUUCACAGCUCCCUCCUCUCCCUCUCUUUUUGUCUGUUCUCUGUAACCUUUUUUUUUUGUUAGACCUGUCGGUUCAUAUGGUCAUCAAGAAGCUAUUUUGUGUCUUUGUUUUGUUUUUAAGAGAAAUGUUUUGGGGAUAAAGAGGCUUGUGCCUUUGUAAAGACAGAAUAAUAAAGUUUGUACUUUGUUUUUUACGCA